UGAAUUCAAAUCAAAAACAACUCGUAACUCGGCAUCAAGAAUCGCGCGAUAAUCGCUGCUAGAUCGAUGUCUCGAAUCUCGCUCCACUGUUAGUUUCCGUCACUUACACCGCAACCUCUUCCGGUUUAAUUACGGACCGAUCAAGAUGGGUAAACCCAGAGGUCUUCGCACUGCGCGCAAACACGUCAACCACAGACGUGAACAACGCUGGGCCGACAAAGACUACAAAAAGGCUCAUCUUGGUACGCGUUGGAAGGCUAAUCCUUUCGGAGGUGCUUCCCACGCCAAGGGAAUUGUUCUUGAAAAAGUUGGUGUAGAGGCGAAACAGCCCAAUUCUGCUAUUCGUAAGUGUGUGAGGGUGCAACUGAUUAAGAACGGCAAAAAAAUCACGGCGUUCGUACCUCGGGACGGUUGUCUGAACAACAUUGAAGAAAACGACGAAGUCUUGGUCGCAGGAUUCGGUCGUAAAGGUCACGCUGUUGGUGACAUUCCCGGUGUCCGUUUCAAGGUUGUCAAAGUAGCCAACGUAUCUCUACUGGCUUUAUACAAGGAAAAGAAGGAACGUCCCAGAUCUUAGGAUUCUUAUAUGUACAAAAUGUAUUUUUACUUGUGUUUCAAAUAAACACUAAAAGUACACCAAAAA